AUGGAAAGAAUCAAGAGCCCCGAAAACCAGGUGAACUUCCGGACGUUGGGGAUGGGUUAUCAAGCUGUAGUCGUGUCAACUUGUCCGGCUCCUCUGCUUCAAAGUCCAAACUUCGGUCAUCAUAUAUCGAACCACUCGAACACGUCGUCAGCACACCGCAACUUACAGCCCCCGCGGGCCGCCAUGGUAACACCGCCUACCCAGAACCCGGUUCCCCAGGGGAUCAAAACACCCCAUCCUCACCUGCAGCACUGCAUCGUCACCUUCCCACGGAACCACGUCGUACAGGUGACCAUCAACCGCCCGCGCUAUAUGAACUGCCUCCCCGACGCCGCCUCGACCGAGCUGAGCUAUUUCUGGAAAUGGUACGACGCCGAGCCCGAGUCUGCGCUGUGCCGUUUUCACCGGCGCCGGCAACGAGGCCUUCUGCGCCGGAAUGGACCUGAAGGAGCGUGCCGACCUGGUCAAGAAAGGGGAUGCCGCAUUCGAGUACCUCGCGGGUCAGUUCGCGGGCAUGAGCAACCGGACGGGGAAGAAGCCGAUUGUCGUCGCCUGUAAUGGACAUGCGCAUGGAAACGGGCGUCAGCCGGGCCACGAUGAGAGGGCAGGAGUUGUGGGGGGAGAAGAUGCUCAGGGGGC